UAUAGUUCAGAUUAUACAAACGUACAUAUAUAGACAUGCCAGUAGGUUCGAGGCACGAAUAUGCUCUCCUUUUUAGAAGUGUAAGAUAUCCGCAUCUCUUUAACUUUUAACCUUAACACCGCCGUUUACCGUUUUACCGUUUUACCCCACCAAAAUGAAAGCUUCAUCCGUCCUCUCGUCCUUGGCGCUCCUCGCCGGCUCUCUCGUCUCAGCGUCACCGACGAGAUGCCGCGCCGACAAGCCCGCUGCAUUUCUCCUAGCUGGUGAUUCCACCACAGCCGUCCAGUCCACAGGCGGAGGAGGAUGGGGAACUGGCUUCCUAGCCACCCUCACUAACGGCGCUGUCGGCACCAACUACGGCCACAAUGGGCGGACUACCGUCAGCUUCGUGGAUGGAGGUGACUGGGCCAAUGUCAUCGCCGAUGUGAAGUCCAAGGCGUCCAAGUAUGACACCUACGUGACGAUUCAGUUCGGCCACAACGACCAGAAGGCAGCAGCCAACAUCUCCGUCGCGCAAUUCACCGCCAACCUCCAGAACCUAGGCAACCAAGUCCGUGCUGCAGGCGGAGAACCCGUCUUCGUCACCCCCCUCAGCCGCCGCAACUACGACGCCAACGGCAAGAUCAUCCUCAACCUCGCCGACCAAGUCGCCGCCACCAUCGUCGCAGCCAAGGCUAUCAGCGCCCAAUACAUUGAUCUCAACAAAGGCAGCGUGGCGUACCUCGAGGCCAUCGGAUUGGCAGAUGCGACGAAGUAUAACCUUGUUGAGGGGGACUUCACGCACCUUAAUGCGGCAGGGAGUGUGGUUUUCGGGAACUUGGUGAGUGGGCUUCUUGGGAAGCUGGGGAAGGAGUUCAGGACGUAUACGGUGGAGGAUAAGGCGAUCAAGGCGGCGAUUGCGGCGGGGAAGUUUAUUCUGCCAAGCGUUUAGGGGUGGUGGGAGUAUAUAUUAUAGGCUAUAGUUUAGCAUAUACGGAAUACAUACCUGUGG